GUUCUGUCAUGAGUUCCCAACGAGGUAAUACUUCUCGAACAAGGCCUCAGAAACACCAGAAUACAAGAGUGUUCAAGAACAAUCUUCAUGACAAAAGCAAAAAAACUCAAAUGAUCAAUAAAAUUACAGUGACUGACACUUGUGAUAGAUGCAAGGCAAUUAUCGAAUGGAAAAUUAAGUAUAAAAAAUAUAAACAGCUUAAAAAUGCUAAAACUUGUAUUAAAUGUUCAAAUAAAACUGUCAAACAGUCAUAUCAUACAAUUUGUGGAGUCUGCGUUCAGAACUUAAAAGUAUGUGCAAAGUGUGGAACUAAAGACUUUAGUAACAACUCUGCGCCCCUCCUACAAGUUGAAGAUGAACGGUCAAACCAAGAUUCUGAAUUGAGUGAUGAAGAUUUAGAUUGUGACAGUGAUUCAUCAUGACCUAGAAUGACACAUGAUACAUUGACAAAUUCUCAUAGACAAGUAGGACUAUAUUUUUGAAAGUUAUUGUUUAUUAUAAAGUGAUAAAAUUAUUGUAUCUAACAAUAGUACAAUUAAUGUAUUGUUAACUGGCAGCAGAGUGCUAAUUGUUUCAUUUUCAGAAAUGUUUCAAAAGUUUAAAUAAGCUUAAAGUUAUUAAUAAUUAUCCACUGAACGUUAUUAAAUAACAUUUUACAGAUAUAUUGUUAAUUGUAGACAUAUUUAACAAAAUAUUUAUGUUUACCCUGUUAAAAUAUUAAUUAUAAAUUUUAUAAUGUAUGUUCUUAUUAAUUAAUAAUACUAAUGUACCAUGUUGUCAUAUGUUCCAUGUAUAUUCUAAGUAAAUUUGAGAAAAUAACAUAGGGAUUGAUCUAAGAAGAAGUUUUGUGUAUUAAAUAAGAAUCUUAAAAUAUUAAACUCAUAAAGUUAUUUCUGUAAUCUAAAACCUCAUUGUUUUGCCUUCUGUAUAGUUUAAUACAGUGCAUUGUGUAAAUCACAUUCCCUUGUAUUGAUGAAUUAUGAAAUGAGAAUUAAAAACAUAACACUA